AUGCUCGUCCAAGAAACCACCGUCGACGUUCCCACCAAGGCCGAUGGCCAGGGUAGCAUGCGCAUAUAUGUUUUCCACCCCACUGUCCCAGGAUAUCCCAAAGCACGAUUCCCCGGUGUAGCUAUCUUCAGCGAGAUUUAUCAAGUCACGGGCCCUGUGGCACGUUUUGCUCGCCAAAUCGCCGGCCAGGGGUACAUCGUCGCCGCACCAUCGAGUUAUCAUGAAUUUACCGGUCCCGAGCCACUGCAGUAUAACGCUGAAGACACCGAUAAAGGGAAUGCGUGGAAGAUUGGUAAAAAGCUAGAAGCCUACGAUGAAGACGCAAGCCUGACAGUCGAUUAUCUACUCUCCCUCUCUACAUGCAACGGCCGCGUCGGUGCAACGGGUAUGUGUCUCGGCGGCCAUCUUGCGUACCGCUGUGCACUCGAUAGUCGGGUCAAGGCGGCUGUGUGUUACUUUGCUACGGAUAUCCACAGCAAGACCCUGGCCCGGGGUAAGAAUGAUGACAGUUUGGCGAGGACGGGCGAUAUCAAGGGUGAACUUUUGAUGAUCUUUGGCAAAAAUGAUACACACGUUCCGCCCGAGGGCCGGGAUUUGAUUCGCAAGAAUCUGCAUGAGAAGGGUGUUUUGUUCAGUUUCUAUGAAGUUGCCUGGGCACAGCAUGCUUUCAUUCGCGAUGAGCUCAGCAAGGGUCGGUACGACCCUGCUAUUACCAAGUCGUGCUUUGAGAUGCUGCUGGAGCUGUUUGGACGUACGCUUAAGUUAGAUCUGGGAGAGCAUGAUGGUAAGGAAUUGGUUGUUGAGGAUGUGUGCUAG